CACCCGGCCCCAGGGGUGGGGGCCCGCGUGUGCGUCCGGCGAUCGGGGUCCGGGGGGCGAGUAGGGGUGCUCCGCAGGCCGCUGCGUCUCCCGGCCCCCGCGAAGGGGCUGUGGAGGCCUGGGGGGGCCGCUCCUCCCGAGGGGGCGGUGGGGUCGCAGCGGGCUGCCUAUUGGAUGCUCCGGAGGCCCGCCCCCGGGGCCGGCCUGGGGGCGGGGCGACCGGCCGGGCCCGCCCCUCGCUCCACUUUUAUAACACCGCCUCCUCCGCGCAGCCGGCACAGCUGUCCCCGCCUCCCCCGGCUGCCCAGCAGAGGAGACGAGAGCUGCCCAGGGGCUGAGCCCGAGGCCGCCAGCCGGCCUCCAGCAGCCGGCGUCCGUGCCUUCCGCGCUCCCCGGCGCCCUCCGGGCCCCCUGGCCGGCCGGGCGGCGCCGCGAUGUUCCCCAAGGAGACGGCUUGGAACAUCUCGUUCGCCGGCUGCGGCUUCCUGGGCGUCUACCACAUCGGCGUGGCCAGCUGCCUGCGGGAGCACGCACCUUUCCUGGUGGCCAAUGCCCGGCGCAUCUACGGCGCGUCGGCCGGGGCGCUCACAGCCACCGCGCUCGUCACCGGCGCCUGCCUCGGAGAGGCCGGCGCCAACAUCAUCGAAGUGUCCAAGGAGGCGAGGAAGCGGUUCUUGGGGCCCCUGCACCCCUCCUUCAACCUGGUGAAGAUCAUCCGCGGGUGCCUGCUCAAGACCCUGCCCGCCGAUGCCCACGAGCAUGCCAAUGGGCGCCUGGGCAUCUCGCUGACCCGUGUGUCGGACGGCGAGAACGUGCUCCUGUCCCAUUUCAACUCUAGGGAGGAGCUCGUCCAGGCCAAUGUCUGUAGCACCUUCAUCCCCGUGUACUGCGGGCUGAUCCCCCCGACGCUGCAGGGCGUGCGCUACGUGGACGGCGGCAUUUCGGACAACCUGCCCCUGUACGAGCUGAAGAGCACCAUCACGGUGUCCCCCUUCUCGGGCGAGAGCGACAUCUGCCCGCAGGACAGCUCCACCAACAUCCACGAGCUGCGCGUCACCAACACCAGCAUCCAGUUCAACCUGAGGAACCUCUACCGGCUGUCCAAGGCGCUCUUCCCGCCCGAGCCCCUGGUGCUGAGGGAGAUGUGCAAACAGGGCUACCGGGACGCCCUUCGCUUCCUGAGGCGGAAUGGGCUCUUGAACCGCCCCAACCCCCUGCUGGCCCUGCCCCCUGCGGGGAAGGCCCCGGCCCCGGCCCCGGCCCCCGAGGAGGAGGAGGAGGAGGAGGAGGCGGCGGCGGCGGCGGCCGCGGGGGGCCGGGGUCGGGCCGCGCAGGGCGAGCUGGCGCUGGGGAGAGGCCCCGUGGAAGACCACAUCCUGGAGCACCUCCCAGCAAGGCUCAAUGAAGCCCUGCUGGAGGCCUGCGUGGAGCCCAAAGACCUGAUGACCACCCUGUCCAACAUGCUCCCCGUCCGCCUGGCCACGGCCAUGAUGGUGCCCUACACCCUGCCGCUGGAGAGCGCCGUGUCCUUCACCAUCCGGCUGCUCGAGUGGCUCCCUGACGUCCCAGAGGACAUUCGGUGGAUGAAAGAGCAGACGGGCAGCAUCUGUCAGUACCUGGUGAUGCGGGCCAAGAGGAAGCUGGGCACCCACCUUUGUGCCAGGCUCCCCGACCCCCUGGAGCUGCGGCGGGCACAGUCUCUGCCCUCGGUGCCCCUGUCCUUCUACGGGGACGCCCUGCCCCGCUGGAUGCGCAACAACUUGUCCCUGGGGGACGCCGUGGCCAAGUGGGAGGAGUGCCAGCGCCAGCUGCUGCUGGGGCUCUUCUGCACCAACGUGGCCUUCCCCCCGGAUGCCCUGCGGAUGCAGACGCCCCCCUCGGGGCCCCCUGCCCUCCCCCCCCACUGAGAGGCCCCUCCAGCCCUCUGCCCCAGGGGGCCCAGUGCCAGCCCGUGCCUUAUUUUCCCUGCCUGCCCCAUUAGCUCUUUGGAGGUUGAGGCUCUCCGAGGAAGCAGAAGCAAGAAGGCCUGGCGUCUGGCCCUGCGUGGGGGGCAGCUGGCCCUGGAGAGCAGCGCUAGGCUGCCUGUGCCUCCUCCCUUCUGUCUUCCUGAACACUGUAUGCAGAACUAUUUAUUUUGGUGGAAAUAGUUGUAAUAAAGGCUGAAGCCCA